AUGAUGAAUGGAGAGAAAAAAACCCUAGAGAAUGAACAAAUCUUGGUUCAAGCUCUUCCUGAACCAAGAACAUCGACCUUUUCUCUCUCCGUUAGACUGAAAUAUGUGAAGCUUGGUUACCAUUACUUGGUUUCCAACGCUUUGUACCUCAUUGUUGUGCCCUUCUUUUCCAUCAUUUUAACUCAUCUUUCAACAUUUACAGUUGAAGAUUUCAUUCAGUUGAGUGAAAACCUUAUGUUCAGUUAUGUAACAAUAUGUCUGUUGUCAGUUUCCACUAUUUUCUUGGCUACCUUUUACUUCAUGGGCCGUCCAAGAAAUGUCUACCUAGUGAAUUUCGCAUGUUUCAAGCCUGAAAAGGAUCAUAUGUUGAGUAAAGAGCUUUUCAUGCAGUUGUCUGCAAAAAAUGAAUGCUUCACUGAAGAAAGUUUAAGGUUUCAAAAGAAAAUCAUGGAAAGAUCAGGUUUUGGUCAAACGACAUAUGCUCCUAAAGCCUUGAUGCAGAUCCCCCGAAAGCAAUGUAUGGCGGAGGCACGAAAAGAAACUGAGACAGUUAUGUUUGGAGCAAUCGAUGAGCUGUUUGAAAAGACUGGGGUGGAACCAAGAGAUAUUGGAAUUCUCGUGGUGAACAGCAGUUUGUUCAAUCCAACACCAUCGCUUUCGGCUGCCAUUGUCAAUCACUACAAGCUUAGAGGGAAUAUUUUCACCUAUAAUCUUGGUGGCAUGGGUUGCAGUGCUGGGAUCAUCUCUAUAGACCUUGCCAAAGAACUUUUACAGGUGCAUCGCAACUCAUAUGCUUUAGUGGUGAGUACGGAGAACAUCACGCACAAUUGGUAUUUCGGCAAUAAUCGGUCGAUGCUCGUCACAAAUUGCCUAUUUCGGGUUGGCGGAGCCGCGAUUCUUCUAUCAAAUAGAUCAUUAGAUCGACGUCGUUCCAAGUAUGAACUUGUUCACACCCUUCGAACCCACAAAGGUGCCGAAGAUAAGAGUUACAAUUGUGUAUUUCAACAAGAAGAUGAAAUCAACAAAGUAGGUGUUACAUUGUCAAAAGACCUCAUGGCAGUCGCCGGAGAAGCCCUAAAAGCAAAUAUCACAACACUAGGGCCAUUGGUUCUUCCCCUGUCCGAACAACUCCUAUUUUUCGCGACUUUAUUGGCGAAAAGAGUUUUGAAAAUGAAGAUAAAGCCAUACAUUCCAGAUUUUAAGUUGGCAUUUGAGCAUUUUUGCAUCCAUGCAGGGGGGAGAGGUGUGUUGGAUGAGUUAGAGAAAAGCUUGGACCUGACUCAAUGGCACAUGGAGCCUUCCAGGAUGACUCUUUACAGGUUUGGCAAUACUUCAAGCAGUUCUUUGUGGUAUGAAUUGGCUUACUCAGAGGCCAAAGGAAGAAUCAAGAAGAGUGAUAGGAUAUGGCAAAUUGCGUUCGGAUCAGGAUUCAAGUGCAACAGUGCUGUUUGGCGUGCACUGAAAACAAUCAAUCCAACCACGGAGAAGAAUCCUUGGAUCGAUGAAAUCGAGAAAUUUCCUGUGCAAGUCCCUCAAGUGGCAUCUAUUACAUAUUAAAGUAAACUUACCAAUGCCACUGUACUUCAUGUAUCAUGCACGAAUUUAGUAUGUAAAAUAAAAAGGUCAACAGUAGUCGUAUUGUUACAGGCUGAUGGCCAGUGAUUCAAGGGAGUAGUUGGCUAGGAAUUUACGGAAUCAAUUAUGGUACCAUGAUCGUAGCAAGAUCGA